AAUGUCGUCUUGUUGGGAGAUGUCAAUACACACGACCCACUGUGGUAUUCAAGUCUAGAGGACACACGAGGAGAAGCCCUAGCCAGUGAAAUCGAAAAUUCUGGCUGCGGCACAGUCAACUUGGAUACCCCAACGCGUCUCCCAGCAUCCGGCCAGCCUUCAUCUCCAGAUAUAUCUUUCGCCUCUGAUACGUUGAUCAUCAACAUGGAUCAUCAGAUCAUCUACCCAUUCACAUCAGCUCACAAACAACAAUUCAACAUAUUAACCCCCCAAAAAUCAGAUUAA